AUGGCUUAUAUACAAAUCAACAACUAUCUUCCUGUUCCAAAAUUUAUUAGUCAAUUUGAUUCACAAGAAUUCGAUUAUACUCUUCUUCUUUGUCCAUUGACUCAAUCAAAAACUAAAUCGUGUCAAGUUAUUCUUCAUCACUAUGAUCAAUUAAAAGUUAUUUCUGAUACAAAAUAUAAUACCAUUAAAAACACUACUGCAUUUGGUCCUUUUGACGAUUUAUCUCCAAUGGAAUUAGUUGAAACAAUUGUACAUUCAAAUUCAUUACCUCAUAUUAAAGUUGAUAAAAUGAUACAUACCGUUGAAUUACCAACAAUAUCUUCUUUUGUUAAAGUUGAAGAUUGGUUUGAAGGUUUUACGAAUGAAGGUGCUCAAUUAUCGAGUGGAUUUUCUAGAUUUGAUUUUCAACAAAAUAUAGGUAAUUAUCCAAAUGCAAUUGGAUUCUUUGAAAUUAAUUUAAAUACUCGUGCAUCAUCUAUUCAAUACAAAGACACAUCUGGAAAUAUCUCUACUUCAGCUAUGAUUCUAAAUGAUGAUAAUUUAGUUUUAAUGGCACUUCCUAGAUAUCCUUUAUUAACUGGUUGGAAAACAGAGUUCAUGAUUGGUUAUAGUCUUCCUAAUGAAGUUGUUAUUUCUAAAGGUAAAGCAAUCAUCACUUUACCAUCUAUUAAAACUGCUAUGGCUAAAGAAGUCCUUGUUCGUGUGUAUCUCCCAGAUAAUGCUCAAUACCUUAAAGUAGAAGGAAAAAAUAUCGAAGGUAUUGAAGUAAAAGACUGCGACGCCUUUUUAUCUUUUGCUGAACGUAAAGAAAUUUUAGUUACAAUGAAAAAUAUUAAUAUUAUGGAUAAAGUACAACUAACAUUAUAUUACGAAGAGUCAAUAACUGGUCCAACAAGUACAUUUAUUGUGUUUGGUUGUUAUGUCCUUAUCUUCUUCUUAGGAUUCUUCCUGUUCAUUAAGUACUCUGCUUGA